AUGACAAAUGUGACACCAGAGUAUGUAGCAGAAAUCAUUGAGAAGUUUGAGGAGUCUACUGAGAACAAACAGAGGGGAUAUUUGGGCAUUGAAGGAUUUACAAGUUUCAUGCGCAGCCCAACAUGUGACAUUUUCAACCCUUUGCACAAUGAGGUGAACCAGGAUAUGGAGCAGCCUCUCUGUAACUAUUUCAUUGCCUCCUCCCACAACACGUACCUGACCGGGGACCAGCUCCUGUCGCACUCAAAGACCGACAUGUAUGCCUGGGUCCUACAGUCUGGUUGCCGCUGUGUAGAAGUGGACUGUUGGGAUGGUCCUGAUGGAGAACCAAUGGUCCAACAUGGCUACACUCUCACGUCAAAGAUCCCCUUCAAGUCUGUCAUUGAAACCAUCAAUAAGCACGCCUUUGUGAACAACCAGUUUCCAGUAAUCCUGUCCAUAGAGAACCACUGUAAUAUCCAGCAACAGAAGAAAAUCGCCCAGUACCUGCGAGAAAUCUUUGGAGAUAAAUUAGACAUUGGACAUGCAUUGACAGGAGACUCCAGGACGUUACCCAGUCCUCAAAGUCUUCUGGGCAAGAUACUCAUUAAAGGGAAGAGGCUGCCUGCCUAUUUGUCUGCUGAUGUAGAGGAGGGGGAAGUGUCCGACGACGACAGCGCAGAUGAAAUUGAGGACGACUUCAAGCUCAAGAGCACAAAUGGCAAUGGACAUCACCAAGUGGAGUCUCACAUCAGGAAGAAGCUGGACUCUCUGCUCAAAGAGUCCAAGAUUGGGGAUAAAGAGGAUUCGGACAGCUUCAGCAUCAGAGCGUUACUGAGGGCCACACACCAGGGCCUGCAGAAAAAUCUGCGCCAGGGAUCCAAGGGUGUGUUGAAGAAAUCUCAGAGCAGGUCUCUUAUCACUACACUUAAACAAAAGAGGCACUCCAAAUCCAGGCUGACCUGCCAAAGCGUGGACAAGGAGGAUGAGUGUCAGGAGCGCUCAGGGAGGGACACUGGAGGACAAUUCAACAGAUAUGGAAGAAAAAGGAAGACCAUGAAACUCAGCCGAGAUCUCUCCAACCUCGUGGUGUUUACUAACUCUGUAGCAUCUCAGGAGUGUCUAAAUGAAGGUACACCUGGUGAUGUCCUCUCCUUCAGUGAGACCAGAGCUCAGUCUCUCGUAAACCACAAAACAGAACAGUUUCUGACAUUUAACCAAAGGCAACUGUCCCGCAUUUAUCCAUCGGCCUAUCGGAUUGACUCGUCCAACUUCAACCCUCAGUUCUACUGGAAUGUGGGCUGUCAGCUGGUGGCCCUAAACUACCAGACAGAGGGAAGGAUGAUGCAGCUUAAUCGAGCCAAAUUUAUGGUCAAUGGAGGCAGUGGUUAUGUUCUUAAGCCUCCACCUAUGUGCAAAGGCUCUUUUAAUCCUUUCAGUGAAGAUCCACUCCCAGCAUGCCCCAAAAAGCAGCUCAUACUGAAGGUCAUAAGUGGACAGCAGUUGCCCAAACCCCCAGACUCCAUGCUGGGGGACAGAGGAGAGAUUAUUGAUCCAUUUGUUGAAGUGGAAAUCAUUGGUCUUCCAGUAGAUUGCUGCAAGGAACAAACACGUGUAGUGGAUGACAAUGGUUUUAACCCCGUAUGGGAGGAGACACUGUCCUUUACGCUGCACAUGCCGGAGAUGGCUCUAGUGCGUUUCCUGGUAUGGGAUCAUGACCCCAUUGGCCGAGACUUCAUUGGACAACGGACUGUGGCUUUCAGCAGCUUAAUGCCAGGCUAUCGGCACGUUUACCUAGAGGGUCUGACGGAGGCUUCCAUCUUUGUGCAUGUGUUAGUGCAUGAUGUUUACGGCAAGUGGAGCCCCCUAAUCCUGAAUCCAAGCUUUACCAUAAUGCACUUUCUAGGAACACACAAGGGAAAUCAACUGCGUGGCAUUCGGGGUUUCUUCAACCGUUCUUCCAAGUCCUCUGUGGACACAAACACCAGUGGCCUUCGGAAGCGCUCCAUCAGUGAUCAUCUCCUGCGACGCACAGCCAGUGCUCCAGCCAAAGGCCGCAAGAAGACCAAGAUGCCUCCAUCUGAGUCUGUGGCCUCCAUCUCUGAUCAGAAGAAUGGGACGGGCGGGGCAGCAGCGGCAGGGGAAGGAGGAGGGGAGCAGAGUACUUCGGGACAGGAGACAGGGAUCGAGAGACGCUUCCAGCCUCGAUCCCCCCUCAUCCACAGGCCUAUGUCCAUGCCCUUGGACAGACUUUUACAAGGACAGUUAUCUCUGUGCUCACCUGAUGCAGAGCAGCAGGAGACAGGCUCAGACUCUGGCAUUGGAGGAGCCCUUUUUAGGCGUCCCAGGUCUUCUUCACUGGACAUUCCCAUUACACCAACCACUGAACUCACAAUCUCUCUACCCUCCAAAGCAAGUGUCAGCCAAAAUGAGCAACCAGUGGAGUCUUCAUAUCUUGUUAUUGGUCGGGAGGAGGACCAGAAAGAAGCGGACUAUGUGAAUUAUCAAGCAAAUGACAUUUCCCAAACCAGAUCCAAAAUGGCACAAACAAGAACUGAGUGCAGAUUUUUGUCCAAACCUGAAUCAUUGUCACACAACACAACAUUCACAGUUGUUCCUUCAGUUUCCUCAACUCCAACAGUUUCAUCUGUGCAAACGGCCAAUAUGGAUGCAAAAUGCUCGAGAUCUCUGCAUGAUAGCACCAUUUCCAGAUUAAUUGAUGCCGUGUCCCUGGAUGAUGACACGUGCGGUUCUAUCUCCGCUCUGAUUAGCCAGUUUGACAACACGGCAGACCAAAGGAAGCUCACACAGUCUAAUUGCACCUUCUCCAUUCACCACCAAACUACCUCCUUUCUCAAGUCACCUUUCAAUACAUCAUCAACUCCCAACAAUUCCCACAGAGAACACCAUUUAAACUAUUCUACACCUUUACCUUCGAACAAUGCUAACAUGCUACAUCAGAAGGAUCUAUCCAGCCCCGAAACUGCAGAUCUUGAGGAAGUAUACACAAUUCUGGAUGAGGAAGUUCUGUUGCCUGUCUCUUCGCACAACCUUAACCAACAGAUUUCAAGUAGGAAUACCCCAGUACAAAGCCCCUCACUAACAACAGCUCUUAAUAACUGGAAUCGUGGCAAAUACAUUGAGGAGGCUGAGGAAAGCAUUUAUGAGGAAGUUGUUGAUCCUCCAGAAAGAAUACCACAAAUUGACACACUUAGGUCAAAUUCCCCCUUGAGCCCGCCUUUGCAGGACUGUUACAAUUUCCCAACUCAAAAUGAAGUGGAGAUAAAUGUUGAUGAGGAUCCACUGGAUAGGAUUAUGGCUUCACCAAAAUAUGGCAGCCCCUGGAAAGAGCUCACAAGCCCCACCAAACGGCACGCUAUCUACCAAAACAAUGAAUCACCCACCAACUGCUACGACCCUGUCAAAUCAUGCAGCGAGUGCCAACAACCAAUAAUGAAUAAAUCUCACUUGUCAUCUUCACAAUGUCCAUCCCCAGUUAAUAAAUUUCCAUUUAGAGAACCCACACACUACUAUAUGCAAAACACCUCUAGACCUAAUACAUGUAUCCCGCAACAUCAAAAUGGCUAUCAAACCAAUUCAGAUGGCCGCUGCAGAAACAGAAAUUACACACAUAAUAAGGAAUUAAACUUUAAUGCUAACAAGAGUCAAAAUAUGGCUAAUCAUGAAGAAGCAUGGCAGUAUAGAAUUAGUUCUUCUGAAAAUCUGACCAGGCAGUUGGCAGCAUCCCCAAAUAACUGCAGAGAUAGCAUUUCAUCUCCUAGUUUUGUAAGUACACCACAAAACCACUUGUGGUACAAAUGUAUGUCACCCCCUCCACAGUCUCCCCCUGUUCUCAACCCCUAUCUCCCAUCAAGUAGGACAAAUCAAACUUCACUAUGUAGGAACAAGCAAUUUCCGGAAGCUAGAUUUUCCUUGCAAACGAGCUUAGAACUUCCUAUUAUACAACCAAGCCACAAAAAUUCCACUCCCCCUAGUCAAGCCAAGUCUAAAUCUUUAGGUGACUUGACUUCUGAGGACAUCUCAUGCAACUUCAAGGGGAAAUAUCACAUCAUCAGCCGUAGUUUUAUCACUCCAAAACAAAAUCGGACUGGCGUCAGAAAUGCUGACCAUUUACCAACGCAGUCAAGUGACCCACUAACAGAACAACUUCGCAAACUGGUCACUCUUGAAGGAGAUGAGGGUGGUAGGAAUGGACUAGACUCACCAAACCACCAGCAGAGAAAUUCGCCAUUGUUCCAUCGUGAAACAAGUCCAAUGAACGUUGAUGAAUCUCCGCCAUUACUAACCCGUCGGUUGUCUUCUCGUAGCCAAAGCCGAGUGCGUAAUAUCAAUAACCGUGCCCGUGAAAGGCAACAGGAGGCUUCAAGGGCGCGGGGAGGUGAACAUCAAAACAGUGCUGCCACUAGUAUAGGUGGUGUGGUCUUACGAAAUAAAGGGUCUAUGUUGAACCCACCAGCCAACCGACACUCCACCGGGUCGUACAUAGCCGGUUACCUCAGUCAGAUGGAGGACAGAGGGCUUCCUGAAGGAGCUUGUACAUCUUUGCGUUAUGGGAAUGAUCAUUAUAGGGAUCGCUACUACACAGAUGAUACUCUGAUACCACCUAGUACUGCAGAGUCUGUGUCUGAACCCGAGGUGUACUUUCUCCUUCGACUAUAGGUUUUUAGACUAAAUGUCUUCAAUGUAUGUAAGCUUUCUUCUUGGCCAAGCCAGAGGACAAGGUAUUCAGUAUAACUAAGCAUCUCCAAGUUUCACUGUUUGAAAUUGAGCCGUUUGUCUGUUUAGUAAAUAAUGGUAAAUCUAAGUCUGAUAAUGUAUUGUUAAUAUUUCUGCUAAAUGUAUAAAUGUGCUUGGCACUCCCAAACUGAUUGUACAGAUCGGUCUCUGUGAUUUACUGUCUAACAUGUGUAUAUUGUUAAUGAAGCAAAAAAAGAA